UAAAGGUUUCGUGGCAACCUUUUUGGACGAAAGCAUUUUCAAGCGUUGUUCCGUUUGUUUCACAACUUCAAGUUGUAUUUUUACAGGAUUGGGGCCAUCAUCCCUAAAGGCACGCCUAGGCCUCCUUCCUUCUCUUUGCCGCAGACCUACAGUGCAGAGGAUUCUUCUUGUCUCAAGGCAAGUCGUGUUUUACCAGCUGACAUCAUGCCGGCAGAUUUCAUAUGUGGUAAAGUGAUUGUACACAUCCGCGGAGAGGGGCAUAAGAUGAACACAGGUCUGGGAGAUAUCAAAAACAGCUUUUUGUAUCGAGUUUUACCUGGCAAUUUGAACUGAGUUAACCAAACAUGGACACAACAAAUCGUAAGAAGGAGGACCUGCGUCGUGCUGUCCAGAAACGGUAUCAGCAUCUGAUCCACGAGGAGGCCACAGGAGGAGCAAAUAACGCUGCUCAUCAGGCCAAAUAUGGAGUCACACAGAGGCAGGACCUUCUCAGGCUUGCUAAGGAGUAUCUGGCCUGUAUUGAACAUGAUGAAAAGUUUGUUGUAGUUUCAUUUGAUAACUUGGUUAUGGCAGCACUUGAAAGGAAAGUGGAUUUCAAGAAAAUUGCUGAGGUGUUUGGAAAGCUUGAACAAUUUGGAACAAAUCUGAUACUCUAUCCCUGGCGUCAAGAGUUUAAGAAAAUCAAGACCUACACAGCGGUAUUCUGGUGCCAAGUCAAUGCUGUGUUGCCCCAUUCAGCUGAGGAUGUGUUGUCACUGCUGGGAUACAGCAAGAAAAAUAAUGUUUUUGUCCUACAGAGGGUGCCACCAGAGGAAAAGUUGCUGACUGUAGCUGUAGACCUUUUCCUGUGCCAGGCUGAGGCCCUGGUCAUGGAGGAUGUGUACAAUGAGAUGAGUGACAGAGGUUUCUUACCAAGACAGGUUGUGCAGGCAAGACAGCGCAUGGUUGGGGACCGUAUAGAAUGUGCAAAUUUCAUGCGGAAACAAAUGAGGCCAGAUGGCACUCCACAGUUCUCAAAUGUCAAGGGAGACAGCCCCAAGAUCACACAUGACAUCACAGGGAGCAGUGGAAGACACAGGGACAGCAAAGAAGUGGCAAAGGAAAAGUUGGACAGAAGUAGUAGCCGUGAUAUUUCCCAGCUGAAGACUGUUCAGUCAAGAACUCGAGGAUCAACCAAGAGUGCUUAUACUGGUACCUCAGGGUACUCCAGUCUGGGAUCAAGAGCCCAGGGCUUAACAACACCUAGUCACAUGGAGAAGAAGGAUAGAGAGAAGCCAGGAAGCUGGGAUGAAUCCUGGACAACAAAACAUGAUUUGGGGGUGGAUGGUGCUGAGGAUUUGCUGCUUGGUGAUGAGUCACAGAUAAGACAGUCCUUUGACAUCAGGUACCCUCCAGAUGACAUCCAUCUCCCAACAACUCAUGAUGAGCACAUCAUGGCCAGCAUGGCUGAAGUCUUUGGACCAGAAGACAUAGAAAGUCAGGGACAGACAAGCAAGACCACGCACCUGCCAGACACAACAGGAAGUGUACAAAAUGUACCAUACAGAGCAGAGCUGUACAAGUCUGACUACAACAGAUAUCUGUUGGACGUAGCCAGCCUGAGCAAAGGCCACACAGCAGGGCCAGUCCCACAGCCUCCUCCUGUCCACCACCCCCCAUAUGGGGUAGCUGUAAACCCCCCUCAACAGCCACGCCCCUUUGGAGGGGACAUACUGCAUGACCUUCAAACUGACUCUGCCAGAGGUUAUGAGGUAACGCCAAUGUCAACUCAGCUAAACCGUUUCCCAGCUGGGCCCACGGGAUUACCUGAUGGAGAAACAGCACGGCUGCCCAGGGAAAGUAGCUGGCUAACAAAGGACAUGUCAUCCUCCAGACUGUAUAAAGGUCAGCAGACAUCAAUCCACCCUACAGCAGGAAAAACAUCUGAAGAUGUAGCAGACGGCCCAGGAGAACAGAACUUCAGAGACGGGCUUGGACAACCAGCUGGGAGAAGGCGGGGCAGUCUGUAUGAUAAUGUUGAUGGCCCAGAAGAGGCAUCAGGCCUCCCUGGUUCAGAUGGCAAGACAAGUCCUCAGGUGGCUAAUCUUGUCAAGUCUUCCAGUCCAGACAAGGUUCAAAGUGGGGGCAACCUGACAAAGAACAGUCACUGGACAUGUUGGUAUUGUAAUGCAAGCAAUGACCUCACAGCUCAUCUGUGUGUGAGAUGUCACACAAACAACAUGGGCAGUCAAAGCAACAGCAUUUAUGGGCAAACUGAAAAGCCAGGCCAAGGGAAGAACUGGUCCUGCCACUUCUGUACUACAAUCAACUCCACGAGCAGCAUUGUUUGCCUGGAGUGUGGGAAAAGCCGAUUCCCAGGUGCAGAAGCUCAACCAUUAAAUAUUGGUGGGCGCCAAUGCCAAGUAUGCACUUUUGUGAAUCACCCUUCUGCAACUAAAUGCUCGGUUUGCAAUGAGGUCCUAACUUCUGCUUCUGGCACCUGCCUUUAAAAGAGAUGUGCCUCAUCUAUAGAAAGAACUGCAUAUUAAUAAGUGGCGCAUUUUUUAUGAUUUUUAUACAUAGUAUGAUGUUAUUGUAAUGAUGCACUUUGCCUUAUAUGAAUAACAUGCUGCAAGAAAUCAGAAAAAGAUUGGCAGUAUAAGUACACAAUGUAAGAUUAAAAGCCCAGUAUACAGCUGCAGGAUGAUGAUGAUAUGUUCAUCUGAAAAAGCUAGCUAUCAAAUGUUUGAACAGGAGUAAUGAGUGUUUAAAUUUCCUGUGACACCCUAAAAAAUUUGAUUUUCUAAUUUUUGCCAAGGAGAAAUCUGGGCUGUUUUCGUGAGAUUAGUUCCCUUUUUGUUGUUUACUUUUGUCAUGUGUACACUUGAUUGUGUCCAUGAUUGCAUCAUCCCCAUUUUCUUCUCUGCCAAUGCCAAAGUCUGUCAUGAAACAUAAACAUUGACAGUCACUAAUGUUAUAAUGGCUUAUUGAAGGCAAGAUUCUAUGCAAAACGUACUGAGACAUGGGCUCCAAAGCUGCUACAAUUAAUCCUUAAGGAUAUUAAUGACAGUUGCCCGUAUCAAACAUGUAUAAAUACAUGUACAUGUACUAUGAUUAAAUUUCAUUUUUAAACAAUAACUUAAUUAGAAACCUAUAGCCAGAAAUCCUAUAAAUUAUCAC